UGAAAGAGAAGUCCGCUGUCUGUGCGCAAUAGCAUUUUGAGUUAUCACAUAUAGCUAAUUUUCUGGAAUUGAGAGAUACUAUUUCUCUCCGAAUAGAAUUUAAAAUGGAUGAGAUGGAGGAAGAAUUAAAAUGUCCUGUCUGCGGAUCGUUUUUCCGGGAGCCGAUCAUUCUACCGUGCUCCCACAACAUCUGCCUGGCUUGCGCUCGGAAUAUCCUAGUGCAGACCCCGGACGCUGAAUCUCCGCAGAGUAGCCGUGCUUCUGGCUCGGGAGUCUCUGACUAUGAUUACCUGGAUCUCGAUAAGAUGAGCUUGUACAGCGAGGCGGACAGUGGAUACGGUUCGUAUGGUGGCUUCGUUAGUGCCCCGACCACCCCUUGCCAGAAAUCCCCAAACGGGGUGCGUGUUUUCCCCCCUGCCGUCCCCCAACCACCUUCUCAGCACCACUUGCUAGGACACCCAGGUUCCCUACCUCCAAUCCCACGCAACUCCUGUCUCACUUGCCCGCAGUGUCAUCGCAGCCUCAUCUUGGAUGAGAGGGGGCUCCGCGGGUUUGCCAAGAACCGGGUGCUGGAAGGGGUCGUGGACCGGUACCAGCAGAGCAAAACAGCCGCUCUCAAGUGUCAGCUCUGCGAGAAGAGUCCCAAAGAGGCCACUGUGAUGUGCGAGCAAUGUGAUGUGUUUUACUGUGACCCUUGUCGCUUGAGGUGCCACCCUCCCCGAGGUCCGCUAGCCAAGCAUCGCCUCGUGCCCCCGGCACAGGGCCGUAUAAGCCGUCGGACAAGUCCCCGGAAGAUCUCCACCUGCACGGAGCACGAACUGGAGAACCUGAGCAUGUACUGUGUUCAGUGCAAGAUGCCGGUGUGUUACCAGUGUUUAGAGGAAGGGAAACAUGGGACACACGAAGUCAAGGCUCUAGGAGCGAUGUGGAAACUGCACAAGGGCCAGCUGUCCCAGGCCCUCAACAUCCUGUCGGACCGAGCCACAGAAGCCAAAGAGUUCCUGGUUCAGCUGAGGAACAUGGUGCAGCACAUCCAGCCCACUGAUGGUCCAGGGAGACCCUUACUCGUGACAUCAGGGUGGGGAACGCUGAAGGAGAACGGCGUGGAGUUCGAAGCCUGUCUGGUGGCGCAGUGUGACGCCCUCAUCGGCCUGAACCGACGCAAGGCCCAGCUGCUGACCCGCGUCAACAAGGAGCAUGAGCACAAGCUGAAGGUGGUGAGGGAUCAGAUCUCUCAUUGUACGGUGAAGCUGCGCCAGACGACAGGCCUGAUGGAGUAUUGUCUAGAGGUCAUCAAAGAGAACGACCCCAGCGGAUUCCUACAGAUCUCAGACGCCCUGAUCAGGAGGGUGCACAUGACGGAGGGUCAGUGGGGGAAGGGAACCUUGACCCCCAGGAUGACCAGUGACUUUGACCUGACCCUGGACAGCGGACCCCUGUUACAGACCAUCCACCAACUGGACUUCAUACAGAUGAAAGUUCCUUCUGCCCCCAUGCUCCAGCUGGAGGAAUGCUGCACCAUCAACAACAGCGCCACGUUGUCAUGGAAACAACCACCUCUCUCCACCAUCGCCGUGGACGGAUACAUCCUGGAGCUGGACGAUGGCAACGGGGGACAGUUUAGGGAAGUGUACGUGGGGACGGAGACGAUCUGCACGGUGGAUGGGCUCCACUACAACAGCACCUACAUGUCCAGGGUCAAAGCCUUCAACGUCAGCGGAGUGGGACAGUACAGCAAGACGCUGGCCAUGCAGACCUCCGAGAUUGCCUGGUUCACCUUUGACCCCGUGUCGGCCCACCCUGACAUCAUCCUCUCCAACGACAACCUGACGGUGACGUGCAACAGCUACGACGACAGGGUGGUCAUGGGUAAUUCCGGCUUCUCCCGCGGUGUGCACUACUGGGAGAUCACGGUGGAUCGCUACGACAACCACCCGGACCCUGCGUUUGGGGUUGCCCGCGGCGACGUGCUGAAGGACGUGAUGCUGGGAAAAGACGACAAGGCCUGGGCCAUGUACGUGGACAACAACCGCUCCUGGUUCAUGCAUAACAACUCACACACCAACAGGACGGACGGGGGUGUCAGUGAAGGGGCUACAGUAGGAGUGUUGUUAGACUUCACCAGAGGGGUGCUCAUCUUCCUCAUCAACGAUGAACAGCAGGGUCCUGUGGCCUUCGAAGGCAUCGAGGGGAUCUACUACCCUGCUGUCAGCCUCAACCGCAACGUACAGGUGACCCUGCACACCGGCCUGCCCAUUCCUGACUUCUACACUCCAGGGGAAGCAGACCUGUCUGGCUCAGUGUGUUAAGGAGUUGACUCAGCACUGCAGUGAAGCAAGACAAUGGAUGUUUCCCAAAUGGCACCCUAUUCCCUAUAUAUAGUGCUCUACAUUAGACCAGGGCCCUAUUGAACCCUAUUCCCUAUAUAGUGCUCUACAUUAGACCAGGGCCCUAUAGAACCCUAUUCCCUAUAUAGUGCUCUACAUUAGACCAGAGCCCUAUAGAACCCUAUUCCCUAUAUAUGGUGCACUACAUUAGACCAGAGCCCUAUAGAACCCUAUUCCCUAUAUAUGGUGCACUACAUUAGACCAGAGCCCUAUAGAACCCUAUUCCCUAUAUAGUGCACUACAUUAGACCAGGGCCCUAUAGAACCCUAUUCCCUAUAUAUAGUGCUCUACAUUAGACCAGGGCCCUAUUGAACCCUAUUCCCUAUAUCGUGCUCUAAUUUAGACCAGAGCCCUAUAGAACCCUACUCCCUAUAUAGUGCUCUACAUUAGACCAGGGCCCUAUAGAACCCUAUAUAGUGCUCUACAUUAGACCAGAGCCCUAUUGAACCCUAUUCCCUAUAUAUAGUGCUCUACAUUAGACCAGAGCCCUAUAUAACCCUAUUCCCUAUAUAGUGCUCUACAUUAGACCAGGGCCCUAUAGAACCCUAUUCCCUAUAUAGUGCUCUACAUUAGACCAGAGCCCUAUAGAACCCUAUUCCCUAUAUAUGGUGCACUACAUUAGACCAGAGCCCUAUAGAACCCUAUUCCCUAUAUAUGGUGCACUACAUUAGACCAGAGCCCUAUAGAACCCUAUUCCCUAUAUAGUGCACUACAUUAGACCAGUGCCCUAUGGAACCCUAUAUAGUGCACUACAUUAGAUCAGAGCCCUAUAGAACCCUAUUCCCUACAUAGUGCACUACAUUAGACCAGGGCCCUAUAGAACCCUAUUCCCUACAUAGUGCUCUACAUUAGAACAUGGCCCUAUAGAACCCUAUUCCCUACAUAGUGCUCUACAUUAGACCAGGGCCCUAUAGAACCCUAUUCCCUAUAUAGUGCUCUACAUUAGACCAGGGCCCUAUAGAACCCUAUUCCCUACAUAGUGCACUACAUUAGACCAGAGCCCUAUAGAACCCUAUUCCCUAUAAUGCACUACAUUAGACCAGAGCCCUAUGGAACCCUAUUCCCUAUAUAUAGUGCACUACAUUAGACCAGAGCCCUAUAGAACCCUAUUCCCUAUAUAGUGCACUACAUUAGACCAGGGCCCUAUAGAACCCUAUAUAGUGCACUACAUUAGAUCAGAGCCCUAUAGAACCCUAUUCCCUACAUAGUGCACUACAUUAGACCAGGGCCCUAUAGAACCCUAUUCCCUACAUAGUGCUCUACAUUAGAACAGGGCCCUAUAGAACCCUAUUCCCUACAUAGUGCUCUACAUUAGACCAGGGCCCUAUAGAACCCUAUUCCCUAUAUAGUGCUCUACAUUAGACCAGGGCCCUAUAGAACCCUAUUCCCUACAUAGUGCUCUACAUUAGACCAGGGCCCUAUAGAACCCUAUUCCCUACAUAGUGCUCUACAUUAGACCAGGGCCCUAUAGAACCCUAUUCCCUAUAUAGUGCUCUACAUUAGACCAGAGCCCUAUUG